AUGGGGAAGAUUCAGUCUCAUUCUACCAUAUACGCUCAAGCGGUAACCCUAGGGGCCAUUUUAGCCAUUAUUUCCUCGGGUCUUCCGGCAGGAGUGCCGAUAUACAUCGGAUCGGUCGGCUUAGUUAUGGUAUUCAAUCAGCAAACACCCAGCAAUCUCCCUUCGUCGGCUCAUUUGACAGGUGCCAAUGGAAGACGUCCCGAUACUAGAGUCGUUGGUUCGACCUCUGUCAAGAGGACCAAGGAAAGUGUCGAACGGGCCGUUACGAAAGUCAUCCAAUGGCUAGGUUUGUUCGAAAUCAAUGGUUUUGAAAUGAAGCACCUCUCGCCCGGUAUACCUGCUGGUGAUUUUGAUGAAUACGCCGAGAAGAAGCUUGCCGCUAUAUGA